UUAAUCCUUAAAAUCACCUAUAAAUGACUAAUAACGUUUUAUAAAUGGGCAAACUGAGGGGCUGUAAGACGGACCAGAAAUUUUAAACCUGUCUUUUUUGCCUUUAAAUCCAUGUACUUUUUAUGAUACCAUGCCACUGCCUUUCAGAAGAGUUUCAGAUGCCGAGUGCUGGACAGAAGUCAAGCAUGACAAUAUUAAAAGAGUCCUUAAUUGUGGCAAACUGAGAGGUCAUUUGUGAGAAAAUUGCAGUUUAUCUCAAUGUAUUUUGGGGUGUUGGAGAUGGAGUAUGAAUCACACUUUCGAGAAAGAUGGCAAAGAAGAAGACCAGAGUGCAUUAGCCACAAAGACGGAAGCAGAAUGAAACUUAGAGAAUAUUUGCCUAAUGGCUUUGAUUAAUUAUUACUGUCAAGAAAGAUAUUUCCAUCAUGUGUUACUUGUUGCCAGUGAAGGAAAGAAGAGGUAUGGCAAUGACCCUGUCUUCAGGUUUUAUCAUGCCUAUGGUACAUUAAUGGAAGGUAAAACUCAAGAAGCUCUUCGAGAAUUUGAAGCUCUUAAAAAUAAACAAGAUGUAUCACUUUGUUCUCUAAUUGCACUGAUAUACACCCACAGAAUGAGUCCUAACCCAGAUAGAGAAGCUAUUCUGGAAUCAGAUGCCAAGGUGAAGGAACAACGUAAAGGAGCAGGACCAAAUGUUUUGUACCAUGCAGGCUUAUUUCUGUGGCACCUUGGUCGCCACGAUAAGGCGAGAGAAUAUACUGACAGAAUGAUAAAAAUAUCAAAUGGUAGCAAAGAGGGACAGGUUUUAAGAGCGUGGCUUGAUAUUACAAGAGGAAAAGAGCCGUAUCCUAAAAAGGCACUAAGAUAUUUUGAAGAGGGAUUACAGGAUGGAAAUGAUAUUUUUGCUCUGCUGGGUAAGGCACAAUGCCUUGAGAUGCGCCAGAAUUACUCAGGUGCUCUGGAGACUGUGAACCAGAUAAUCACGAACUUUCCAAAUUUCCUUCCUGCCUUUGUAAAGAAAAUGAAAUUACAGCUAGCCUUGCAGGAUUGGGACCAGACAGUUGAGACAGCACAGAGGUUACUGCUUCAAGAUAAUCAAAAUGUGGAAGCUCUAAGAAUGCUGGCUCUUUAUUAUUUGUGUCGGGAGGGGGAUCUAGAGAAGGCUUCUACCACGCUAGAAAACUUAGGAAAUGCUUUGGACAUCAUGGAACCACAGAAUGCUCAACUUUAUUUUACUAUGACAAUAGCCUUCAGCAGAACUUGUGGACGUAGUCAACUCAUUCUUCAAAAAAUUCAAACAUUACUAGAAAGAGCUUUUAAUUUAAAUCCUCAGCAAUCAGAAUUUGCUACAGAACUUGGACACCAAAUGAUUUUACAAGGAAAAGUGAAAGAGGCAUUGAAGUGGUUUAAGACUGCCAUGACACUUGAUGAAACUAGUGUCCCUGCACUAGUUGGAUUUAUCCGUUGUCAAUUAAUAGACGGGCAAUUACAGGAUGCAGAUCAGCAGCUUGAAUUUCUUAGUGAAAUUCAGCAGUCUCUUGGAAAAUCUGCGGAAUUAAGCUAUCUACAUGCAGUUCUUGCUAUGAAGAAAAAUAAACAACAAGAGGAAGUUAUUAAUUUGUUAAAUGAUGUCCUGGACACCCACUUUUCACAGUUAGAAGAUUUACCUCUUGGCAUACAGUAUUUUGAGAAAUUAAAUCCUGAUUUUUUGUUAGAAAUUAUUACAGAAUAUCUGAAUUUCUGCCCAAUGCAGCCUGCAAGUCCUGGGCAACCACUUUCUCCACUUCUCAGACGUUGUACCUCAAUUCUGGAGACUGUAGUAAGAACUGUACCAGGUCUUCUGCAAGCUAUCUUCCUAAUUGCAAAAGUAAAGUAUUUGUCAGGUGAUAUUGAAGCGGCGUAUAAUAACCUGCAACAUUGCCUAGAACACAAUUCUUCUUAUGCAGAUGCUCAUCUCCUACUGGCUCAGGUUUAUUUGUCUCAGGAAAAAUUAAAAUUGUGUUCCCAGUCUCUUGAACUUUGUCUGAGCUAUAAUUUUAACGUAAGAGAAUUUCCUUUAUAUCAUUUGAUAAAAGCUCAGUCACAAAAGAAAAUGGGAGAAAUAUCAGAAGCAAUUAAAACUCUGCAUAUGGCAAUGAGUUUACCCGGAAUGAGAAGAAUUGGAGCUCCCUCGAAAUCAAAAAACAAAAAAACUGAAGUUGAUACAAGCCAUCGUUUAUCAAUCUUUCUGGAGUUGGUAGAGGUCCAUCGCUUAAAUGGAGAGCAACAUGAGGCAGCAAAGGUUUUACAAGAUGCCAUCCAUGAAUUCUCUGGGACAUCUGAAGAACUACGUGUUACUAUUGCUAACGCAGACCUAGCUCUGGCUCAAGGAGAUGUCGAACGGGCUUUAAACAUGCUUAGGAAUGUCACAUCCGAACAGCCUUAUUUCAUAGAGGUCAAGGAAAAGAUGGCAGAUAUAUAUCUGAAGCACAGAAAAGAGAAAAUGUUAUAUAUCACUUGUUACAGAGAAAUUUCCGAGAGAAUGCCCAGUCCUCGUUCUUUUCUUCUCCUUGGUGAUGCAUACAUGAAUAUUCAAGAGCCUGAAGAAGCCAUAGUAGCAUAUGAGCAAGCUUUAAAUCAGAACCCAAAGGAUGGAACAUUGGCUACCAAAAUUGGGAAAGCACUUGUCAAAACUCACAACUAUUCAAAGGCAAUCACUUAUUAUGAAGCGGCUCUGAAAAGUGGACAACAAAAUUAUCUUUGCUAUGACCUGGCUGAGCUUUUGUUAAAAUUGAAAUGGUAUGACAAAGCUGAAAAAGUUCUUCAACAUGCUCUAGCUCAUGACCCUGUAAAUGAACUGUCAUCUCUAAUGGAGGAUGGACGUUCUCAAGUUCUUCUAGCAAAAAUUUAUAGUAAAAUGGAAAGACCUAGUGAUGCAAUCACUUCAUUACAACAGGCUCGAGAAUUACAAGCUCGGGUACUAAAACGUGUUCAGAUGGAACAGCCAGAUGCAGUUCCUGCACAGAAACAUUUAGCAGCUGAAAUUUGUGCAGAGAUUGCAAAACAUUCUGUUGCUCAGCGAGACUAUGAAAAAGCCAUUAAGUUUUAUAGAGAGGCUCUUGUUCAUUGUGAAACAGAUAAUAAGAUAAUGUUGGAGCUGGCACGAUUAUACCUGGCACAAGACGAUCCUGACUCCUGCCUGCGGCACUGUGCUCUACUUCUACAGAGUGACCAGGACAAUGAAGCUGCCGCCAUGAUGAUGGCAGAUCUCAUGUUCAGAAAACAAGAUUAUGAACAAGCAGUGUUUCAUUUACAGCAGCUUUUAGAACGCAAACCAGAUAACUAUAUGACGUUAUCUCGUUUAAUUGAUCUUUUAAGAAGAUGUGGAAAACUCGAGGAUGUUCCAAGAUUUUUUUUAAUGGCUGAGAAACAUAACUCCAGAGCAAAAUUUGAGCCAGGAUUUCAGUACUGUAAAGGAUUACAUCUUUGGUACACUGGAGAACCAAAUGAUGCUCUUCGACACUUUAAUAAAGCUCGGAAAGAUAGUGACUGGGGCCAAAAUGCCCUUUAUAACAUGAUAGAAAUCUGUUUGAAUCCAGAUAAUGAAACUAUUGGAGGUGAAGUAUUUGAAAAUCUGGAUAAAGACCUGGGUAAUUCAACUGAGAAGCAAGAAUCUGUGCAAUUAGCAGUAAGGACAGCAGAAAAACUCCUUAAAGAACUAAAACCUCAGACUGUUCAGGGUCAUGUACAGCUUCGAAUAAUGGAAAACUAUUGCCUGAUGGCUACCAAACAGAAAUCUAAUGUUGAGCAAGCGUUGAACACCUUUACUGAAAUAGCCACCUCUGAGAAGGAUCACAUUCCAGCACUAUUGGGAAUGGCAACAGCUUAUAUGAUCUUAAAACAGACUCCAAGAGCCAGGAACCAGCUGAAACGGAUUGCAAAAAUGAACUGGAAUCCUAUUGAUGCAGAGGACUUUGAGAAGAGUUGGCUGCUACUUGCUGAUAUUUAUAUUCAAUCAGCAAAAUAUGACAUGGCAGAAGAACUUUUAAAACGGUGCCUGCGUCAUAAUAGGUCUUGCUGCAAAGCUCAUGAAUAUAUGGGAUAUAUUAUGGAAAAAGAGCAGGCAUAUACAGAUGCUGCCUUAAACUAUGAGAUGGCAUGGAAACAUGGCAAUCAGACACAUCCAGCAGUAGGAUACAAACUGGCAUUUAAUUACUUAAAAGCAAAAAGAUACGUGGAUGCAAUUGACAUAUGUCACCAGGUUCUUGAAGCACAUCCAACUUAUCCAAAAAUCAGAAAGGAUAUACUUGAUAAGGCCCGUACAUCUUUAAGACCUUGAAAAUGAAAGAAAUCUGAGUUCUUCCAGUUCAAAAUAGGUUUGAGUUAAUACUUUGUAAUAGGAACAUAGUUCUCUUUCUCCAGCAGAGGCUGCUCUUGCAUAUAUAAAGAGAAAUGCUAUGUCAAAUGGAUGUUUUCUGUGGAGAAGGUGAUUGAGAGCUGGUUUAUUUGGUGUCUCUGUGCUCGAGACUAUAACCCAUCUAUAUAAAGAAUAUGUUGUUAAAAUCGAGGUAAUUAGGUAUCUGAUCUUUUCUGAGGAAUAUUCUUUAUUUCAGGAAAUGUGUGUAAAAUGUUAUUGUUGUCUGUUCAAUAUUUUGUAACAUUUUCUUUUGUUUUAGAGGCUUGAGUAAAUUUCCUUGUAAAUGAUAUGUGAAAAGAAAACAGAUUUUAGUGAAGAUUUUAUAAAGUUAUGGUUUGUAUUCCUUUUGGAACUCAAAAGACAUGGUUUAUCUUAUAAAACUAAGGCGUGUUCCUGAGGCAGCAUAUUGAUGAAAUAGUAUUGCCAAAAGUAUGACUCUCCUAAAAAAGUCUUUUUGAAAAGUAGAAGCUGUGAGUGUCCUUUCCCUUUGUUGAACUCAUUCUUGCUACUCUCAAUACCAGUGUGACCUUAAUAUCAGUACCUGAAAUCAGCUUAUAUAGGUAAACCUUUACAAGAAUAUUUCAUUUUUGCCCCAGGACUAGGUCUUUGGUGUAACUUCAGACACUAUAAUCUAAUAGAAAAGGGUGACAACAAAUUUUGGGCAGCAGGAACUCACAAUGCACAUCAUUCAAAAGCAGUUACUUACUCUGCUAUGCCUAAUACCACCUUGGUAUAGCAGUUAGACUCUUUUACAUGAAAUUAAACCUAGUAUUAAUAAACUCAGAUCUUAGCAUUAUUUCUAACAUCAUUUACAUCUUUCAUUUUCUUUAAAAUACAAUCACAGUCUUCGAUUUCAUUUCAAUUUUUAAUAAACACAAUAUAUUUUAAAGUCACUGCUUUUUUUGGUGUCCUAUGUUUAUUUCUUUUGACCUACAUUCUCUU